CGAUUCCCGCCACACAACUUCGUUCGAACAACACAAACGCACGAAUUGAACAAGCGAAACAUGCUUAGUAUGAUAAACGUGCCUAAUACGUCGGAGAGUUUCCCCAAUUAGCACCAGCCGCUUGGCAAUUUGCCAUUAGGCAGGACGGAUUAACAGGAAAAACUAUGGCACCUUACCGUGGUGCCAUGAAUCCGCCGAAUACCACAACAUCUCAAGGCCUCGAUUCUGCACAACAAGCUUGAAAACAUUUGCCAAAGCUUGGGAAAUGCUUACCCCGUGGCUUUGUUCCCAUCACCAAACAGAUUUCUGAAUUUACCGAUCUUGGCAUAUUUCGGGCGUGCCGACUUCUCUAUUGCUUUGCAUCUAUCCGAAAGCAAGACCGGUACGUUGGUCUUUCCCACUACAAUCGCACGUGCAAUACCCACCAUGGCCGUGCACGCCCAGAUCCAGCACGAGGCCACGAGAUUCGCCGAGACACCGUAUGGGAGCGAUUGAUGUCACAACACAGGAAGUAUAAGAAGGUUCGAUGAGAGCAGCACUGUUCCAAGAGGCAGAAUCAGUUCGCAUCAUCUUUUCUUUCUUGUUUCUUUUUGCUAAACCCAGUCUGCUGGUCAGACAGCUCUUCUUUCAUUGUAAAACAUGCAUUUCUCUUCCCUGAUCACUGGAGCUGUGCUCCUCCUCAGCACAGCAGUGUCUGCUGCACCUGCUGCUGCUCCCGCCGACCUUUCUGCUCGCAAUGCCGAUGCCGAGCCUUACAUUUCGACCCCGGGAGAUCUUUUGAAUUUCUUCGACGAGCAUGUUGACGAGGAGAAGCGUGAUGUCGAGGAUGGUCCUUUCUACAUCGUCGAUAAGCGUGACCCAGUGGCGCCAGGACCCGCUGGACAGAAACUCGAGAGAAUCAUCACCGGCCCCUUGAAGUUGUUCGGUAAGGUCGCCAAGUUGUUUGGCGGCAGAAGGGGACGUGGCGAGGAGAAGCGUGAAGCUCGUGGCCGCGGCCCAUCCAUGGGUGCUGGCCUCAACAAGUUGAUGAAGCCCAUUGGCUGGUUGGAGAAGAUCGUCAGCAAGAUUCCUGGUGUCGGCCGUGGCGAGGAAAAGCGUGAAGCCCGUGGCCGUGGACCAUCAAUGGGCGCUGGACUCAAUAAGCUGAUGAAGCCUAUCGGCUGGUUGGAGAAAAUCGUCAGCAAGAUCCCAGGCGUUGGCCGUGGCGAGGAGAAGCGCGAAGCCCGUGGUCGCGGCCCAUCUAUGAACGCAGGCAUUGGCAAGCUCUUCAAGCCCAUCGAGUGGCUCGGCAAGAUCGUCAGCAAGAUUCCUGGUGUCGGUCGUGGCGAGAAGCGCGACGUGGAAUUCGUUCCAGUCUUGGUCUCUGAGAAGGCCGCCUCCGUUGACGAGAAGCGCGCUGUCUCGUUUCAGGCUUAAGGCGAACCACUCUGAAUGUGGGAGGCGUAGGCGGGAAACCGCUGCACGACAUUGAAAAGUACCGGAUCGAGGAGAGCAACUAAGAUGGGAUUUUCACGGACUCACGAAAUGUAUGUUUUACCAUGAUAGAUGAUCAAGAGAAAAGGGCAGAGCCUUUUUGUGGUUAUCAAACAUAAGUGCGAG